GUAACCGGCCAUAUAUAGCACCAACAUAUUCCAACACAUGACAAUAAAUCGACUAUCAAUUGACUAUCUGCUGGCCCAACAUGUUUCGCACUCGUGUACCUUUAUCACGGCCUUUCUACCAAUUCAGACAAAUCUCACAGCAAGUCCGAACAGAAGCCCAACAGAACAAUGACAGAUUCAAACUGGAGAAUGUCUUCAACGUCAAAAACAGAGUUGCACUAAUAACCGGCGGCGGCUCGGGCAUCGGGCUAAUGGCCACGCAAGCCCUCGCCGUCAACGGCGCAAAAGUCUACAUCGUCGGUCGAACCGCAGAAAAGCUCAAUCGGGUAACUGAGCUAUACUCGAACAAUAUCUGCGGACAGAUCAUCCCCAUCACGGCAGAUGUGACGUCUAAAGAAUCGAUUCGGGGGUUGGUGGAGGAGAUUUCGUCGCGCGAAAAGGAACUGCAUAUUCUGGUUAAUAAUGCCGGGGUUGCGUCUGAGACGUUGAAUACUGAUGCUGAAGGGGCGGGGUCUCUAAGAAAGGAGUUAUUCGAGAAUGAGAAUAGUAGACUUGAAGACUGGGAGAGGGCAUUCCGGACGAAUGUGCCGCCGUUGUUCUUUACGACAUUUGGAUUUCUGCCUCUACUCGAGAAAGGCACUGCAAGUGAUAGCAACUGGGCCAGCACGGUAAUCAACAUCUCGUCCAUUUCAGGUGUUAUAAAAAAAUCACAGCACCAUUUCGCAUACAAUGCCAGCAAAGCGGCCGCAGUCCAUCUCACCAAGAUGCUAGCCCACGAGAUAUCAUCGUCAAAUGUGAACAUCCGCGUCAACAACAUCGCACCGGGCGUGUUUCCAUCUGAAAUGACCGCCCAGAGCAGCGACGAGAAGCAAAAAAGCUCCAUUUCCAAGGAGAAAUAUGAGAAGAAAGUCCCGGCUGGACGGCCCGGACGAGAUGAAGAUAUGGCAGGGGCUAUUCUUUUUGCAGCAGCGAACCAGUAUCUGUAUGGGCAAACGGUGGUGGUUGACGGGGGAUAUGUUCUGGCUGCAUAGACAGUUGAUAGAAAUUAGCGCCGGUUACAGCCAUUGCUAAGCCUCGUCGAGCCCAGACAAGGCUGAAAACCCCGCAUUGCCGAUCUUCCUGUAUAGGCCACCUGAUUGGCCGGUUCGGAAUCAGGCUGUGAACCCCU